AACCAACGAAAUCGAGCUUCCCUUUCACAGGGCGCGCGCCGCGCCGCCACAUCCCCCGCCCCCGCCCCCUCCCCUCGCCCAAACCCUAGCUAGAAUCGCUCGACCCCCUCAUGCUGCGCGCCGCGGCGGCCGCCGCCGCCGUCUUCCCCUCGCGGUUCGCUGCCGCGCCGGCCGUGGCGGCGGUUGAGGAGGUCAGGUCGCCGCUGCUCAGGGUUUUGGGGGCGCUCCGAGGCGGCCGGGUCUCGACGCUCGGGAGGAGGGCGCGCUUCUGCUCCAACUCCGCCGGGAGCGACUCCGAGGCGGCGGCGGCGGAAGCUAAGGCCGAGGAUGCGGUUGCUGCGGAAGGGGAGGCGGACGGCAAGGCGUCUUCCGCCAUCGUGCCCACCGUCCUCCGCCCUGAGGACUGCCUCUCGGUCAUAGCACUGCCUCUCCCACAUCGUCCACUCUUUCCUGGAUUUUAUAUGCCGAUCUAUGUAAAGGACCAAAAGCUGUUGCAAGCCUUAGUAGAAAACCGCAAAAGAUCCAUCCCAUAUGCUGGAGCAUUUCUUGUGAAGGAUGAAGAAGGUACUGACCCAAAUAUUGUGACCAGCUCAGAUUCAGAUAAAAGCAUUGAUGAUCUUAAAGGGAAGGAGUUGCUGCAGCGCCUUAACGAAGUUGGUACACUUGCUCAGAUAACUAGCAUUCAAGGGGAUCAGGUUGUGCUACUUGGUCACCGUCGUUUAAAGAUAACCGAAAUGGUUCAGGAGGAUCCACUUACAGUAAAAGUUGACCAUCUUAAGGAAAAACCGUACGAUAAGGAUGAUGAUGUUAUAAAAGCAACUUCAUUUGAAGUUAUAUCCACCUUGAGGGAGGUUCUCAAGGCAAGUUCCCUUUGGAAGGAUCAUGUGCAAACCUACACACAGCACAUGGGUGAUUUCAACUACCCACGGUUAGCUGAUUUUGGUGCUGCUAUUUCUGGUGCCAAUAAGUUUCUUUGCCAGGAGGUGCUUGAGGAAUUGGAUGUAUAUAAACGUCUAAAGUUAACUCUUGAGUUAGUCAAGAAGGAGAUGGAGAUUAGUAAGUUGCAGCAAUCCAUUGCAAAAGCAAUUGAAGAAAAAAUAAGUGGGGAUCAGCGGCGUUAUUUAUUGAAUGAGCAACUUAAAGCAAUCAAGAAGGAGCUAGGUUUGGAGACUGAUGACAAAACAGCAUUGUCUGCAAAAUUUAGGGAGCGGAUUGAAGCAAAGAAGGAGAAAUGUCCUGCUCAUGUUUUGCAAGUCAUUGAAGAAGAACUCACAAAGCUUCAGCUGUUGGAAGCCAGUUCUAGCGAGUUUAAUGUAACAAGGAAUUAUUUGGACUGGUUGACAGUAUUGCCAUGGGGAAACUAUAGUGACGAAAAUUUUGAUGUACAUCAUGCUCAACAAAUCCUUGAUGAAGAUCAUUAUGGGCUGAGUGAUGUCAAAGAGAGAAUAUUGGAAUUUAUAGCAGUUGGCAAGCUAAGGGGAACUUCACAAGGAAAGAUCAUAUGUCUUUCUGGGCCACCAGGAGUUGGUAAAACUAGUAUUGGUCGAUCAAUUGCACGUGCGCUGAACAGGAAGUUUUACAGGUUUUCUGUUGGAGGUUUAGCUGAUGUGGCAGAAAUCAAGGGGCAUCGGCGUACGUAUGUUGGUGCAAUGCCAGGGAAGAUGGUGCAAUGUCUUAAAUCAGUUGGAACAGCAAAUCCUCUAGUAUUGAUUGAUGAAAUCGACAAGCUUGGGAGAGGGCAUUCUGGUGAUCCAGCCAGUGCAUUGUUGGAACUUUUGGACCCUGAGCAGAAUGUUAAUUUUCUUGAUCACUACCUUGACGUUCCUAUUGAUCUAUCCAAGGUCCUUUUUGUUUGCACAGCAAAUGUUAUUGAGAUGAUACCAAAUCCAUUACUGGACAGGAUGGAGAUCAUUGCAAUAGCUGGUUAUAUAACUGAUGAGAAGAUGCAUAUUGCUCGGGAUUAUCUAGAGAAGAACACAAGAGAGGCUUGUGGCAUUAAACCUGAACAGGCUGAGGUUACAGAUGCUGCUCUUCUUGCCCUUAUUGAAAGUUACUGCCGAGAAGCAGGAGUGCGGAAUCUUCAAAAGCAAAUUGAGAAAAUUUACCGCAAGAUAGCUCUGCAACUUGUUCGCCAAGGGGUAUCAAAUGAGCCAACUCAAGAAGCUGCCAUUGUAACAGCGAGCGAAGAACCUAAUGGUGGCGAUAGUGCAAACAAGUUGAAAGAUGAGACUAUGGAGGAUCCUGCUACAGAGAAUGCUGCAAUGACCAAUGCUGAUACUGCCUCAAAGGAAGCUAGCGAAUUAGAUUUACUGAAUAGAACAGUCGAUCAUGAUGUGCAUCCAGCUGAAACACCCAAAGAAGCUGUUUUAACUGAUUCAGCCCUAUCGACAGACAAGUUGUGCACACCAGAGGGCAACAAGGAUAUGGAGGGAGCCAAGGAAGAGUCAGCUGAUAAGGCAGUUGAGAAGGUAGUAAUUGAUUCGUCAAACCUUGGAGAUUAUGUUGGGAAACCUGUUUUCCAAGCUGAGCGAAUAUAUGAGCAGACUCCUGUUGGAGUUGUCAUGGGUUUAGCUUGGACUGCUAUGGGUGGUUCUACUUUAUACAUUGAAACAACGAAAGUGGAGGAAGGAGAUGGGAAAGGUGCACUUGUGAUGACCGGCCAGCUUGGAGAUGUCAUGAAAGAAAGUGCUCAGAUUGCGCAUACUGUUGGUAGAGCUAUAUUACUAGAUAAAGAGCCAGAAAAUCUGUUCUUUGCAAACUCAAAGGUACACUUGCAUGUUCCAGCAGGGUCCACCCCUAAGGAUGGCCCCAGUGCUGGAUGCACCAUGAUCACAUCAAUGUUGUCCUUAGCUAUGGGAAAACCUGUUAAGAAGGACCUUGCGAUGACGGGUGAAGUAACAUUAACUGGCCGAAUCCUUCCAAUUGGCGGGGUCAAAGAGAAGACCAUUGCUGCCAGGAGAAGUGCAGUAAAGACAAUCGUAUUCCCAGCAGCGAAUAAAAGGGAUUUCGAUGAGCUUGCUCCCAAUGUGAAGGAGGGUCUUGAAGUUCAUUUUGUUGAUACAUACAAUGAAAUAUUUGAUAUAGCUUUCCAGAGUGAGACUCAGACAGAAACAAGCUAGCAGUUCAGGUUCAAGUGUUGAGAUUGUUGAGAGACAUGGGCACCAACUGAAUACCCAAGGGAGUUUUGCAGCUAGACUAUUCUUUGCAACAUCAAAAAUAACUUGAUUGAUCACCCUUUUUUUUUGUACGCGCCGUGUAGCAGUAAAUGUUAAGUAAAAAUUUUGGCAAGAAUGUUGCAGCAAGAUGGCUGGGGAAGUAUCACAAAGAAAAAACUAUUGUAAACUAAUUCUUAUAAUGAACGAGGUCUGGCCAUUCAUCCAUUUUGUUUUCUGGCGAGCCAGAGUUUCGUUAUUUCUUUUCCGUUCUGAUAGUCUUGGAGGUGUUGUCGUUCCUUGUUGGUAUGGUAUGUAAGUGAACUCGUUUGUAAGAAUAAAAUUAAAGGAAAUGCCUUAAAGAA